UUCCACGAACCACUCUCUCUCACCUCUUGACGACUCCCAUCGGCGUCCGCGCGAACCCUCGGAAAUUCUAAACCGUUCGCGCCUGUGCAUGGCAAGCACUGAAAACCGAGUGGCAAAAGAAAAGUUCGCGAAUCCGGCCUUAAGGGACUUUUAGGGCUGGUAGGCUCUCAACCCUUCGCUAACAAGGGUCGCUCGAGAAUAACAACAAUAAUCCCAAGUGUCUGUGUGUGAGUGCGUGCUGUGUAUAUUUUUUUUUAUUUUCAUUUCCUAAAAAUACGACGAAAAAUUAAAAAAAAAAAAAAAAAUUUUCAAUUAUUUUUUUCGAAAACUGUAUUGACAGCACGGUGACAAAGUAAAAAUACUCUCAACUCGGAUAAAGUGAGAUGAUAUAAGAAGAGAAUGAAAGUGAGCAAUUUUCAGUGACCACAUUAAAAAAAAAAAAAAAGUGGAGAAAAAAUAGUGUUUGAGUGAGUGCUAAAACUUGUUUUCACCUUUUUUUAUUCACUGUUUUUCAAUUUCUUUUUUUUUUAUUUUUUUGCAAAAAAAAAAAAAAAAACCGGUGCGCGUAAAAGUGUUGUGAGGAUAUCAUGUAUCCUCGAAAACAACCCUUUCAAAGGGGUUGAUGUUGUGACGAUAAUAUUCAAAAUAGGUCCAUCAAGUCCAGACGGCGGUCCCGCUUAUCGCUCCAACAUUGAAAGAAAGUGGACUUUCAAACUUGUGAGAAUGCGGGACCGGCUAACCUGGUACAUGGUCUUUUUGAUUCUACCUACAAUUUUGCUGGCUCGUUCUCUCGAUAGAGAUCGAAGAGCACCUUACAGUAUACCCUCAAAUUGGAGGGCACUUUGGUACAGUAAUUUCGACGAUCUACAAAGAAUCAAUGAAGUACAUGAUAACAACACCAUGUCUAAUGAAACAGUACAGAUGGGUGCUACCGCCUUUUUACACUGCGAAGUUCGCAAUUUAGCAGAGAGAACUGCCUCGGAUGCUGAGAUAUCUUGGAUUCGACGGCGUGACUGGCACGUACUGACGAGCUCUAUGUUCACCUAUACGAACGACGAGCGAUUUCAAGUAAUACAUUCGGAUGGUACCAAUGUCUGGACACUUCAAAUCAAAUACGUUCAAGAGAGGGACAAUGGGACUUACGAAUGCCAGGUAAGUUUGUACAAAUUGGAAAAAACUUCCAUUUCAAAAUAUCUUUCCUUCACACCUGAAUCACUUUUCUUUUUUCUCUGAUUUGUCGAAAAAAAUAGAUGUCAAAAAUCUAAUCCAAGUAUUGAACAUAAAAAAAAAGGAUAUAUCUAUUUU